AUGCAAAGGCUGCUGCAGCAGCAGCAGCGCUCCGGCACCGACACAGCACUGUUGUCGCCUGGAGGCCAACCGACACCGAGGACGGCUAGGGCUAUGUCGGUACUCGUGCCACAGAGAGACGACGAUGUGCUGGAGGCACUAGACGCGCGUUUUUUUACCGAGGGCUUUGAUCCUGUGGCGUACACGCUCGAAAAUCUCCCAGAAAGUAAAAAGGAAUUGGACGCAUUCAUGCGCACCGAGAUCAGUGCCGUAGAUGUGGCAAGAGACGUCGUUAUGGCAAAAUUGCAAGACAGCGUGCGAGCCAAUUCCAGCUCGCUGAUACAAGGCAUAAAAAUAGUGGAGGAAGUAGAUCUUGACUUGGUUCGAGCGCAUAUCCACGUCAACAAUGGACGUCGUUUGCUUGCUACAGCAAAGAAUGAUUUGAUCCUCAGCUCUUUGGAAAUUUUAAAAACGAAAAGGAAUCGCGAUCGUGUCAGUGAGAUUGUUUCCAUCGGCUCGCAGAUUGUGCAAUUGUUUGAGGAAGAAAAGAAGAUGAAUGUGGCACUACAAGAGUACCGGUUCAUCACUGCUGUCGACAUUUGCCUGCGCCUUCGACAAAGUUUGUCGCUCGGCCAGUUGCAGGGUCUUACAACUUUGGACGACUUUCGGUUCCGUAUGCAAGACUUUCUCCCAAGAUUGCGUAAUCUUUUUGACCAGUCUCUACGAAAAGUUGCUGGACGCUUUGACCCCCUCGAGUACAAGGAGUUGCUUCAAGCCUAUAUUGCGUUGGCAGAUCACUCUGAUCACCGGGGCUUUGAGUUCUCGUCGUAUGCGCUGACGGAGGUGCUGUCCAAUAUUCCUGAGAUCAUCGUUCGUUCCAUUAACGAAGUGACAAGUAAAAUUGCGCGUCGAGUUCUCGUGUGGCCACAUCGACUAAAAAACGAAAUGGAGGCGAAGGAGGUUGGCGAAAGCAACACGAUUGAGUUCGAAGACCGAGCGGAUACAUCUCAAGUAUCAGCAUCGCAGACAAUCGAGAACGUUAAGCGAUGCUAUGAGCAGCUCACUGACCUGAUGCAUGGAUACUAUUUGUUGGUCCAAUGGCAUCGGGAUCCAUUCAAUCCGCUCAAUGACGACAUUGCCUACCUCCAUCGCUGCGGAAUUGACGACGAUGACGACGACGACGAAGAUGACGAUGAUGAUGAAAGUGACAGUGGCGAAAACGAUGACGAUGACCACAGUGAGGAAGAGCAUCACCGUUCUUCUGCACAUUGCUACGGAGCUGGUAGAAUGAAGAAGCCGGAGUCUCCUUCGCAUCACUCGAAGAAGAAUGGACCGCACCACUCAAGCUCACAAAGAACAGUGUACGGUCAAGUCCUUUGCGACACCGGCAUGACUUUGCUUAGCUAUCGCAAGAUCGUGUGGGAAAAUAUGCAACAGAGAGUGUUGGAGAUUAUGCAAAAGCUGGACAUAUCGUAUGGCUAUAAAAUGGAGCACAUUAUUGCUCUUUCACUGGCGACGACAGCGUUUACUGAGAUCGGGGAGGAAUUCACUGGAGCUUCUUUGUCAAAAAUCCGGUCCGCUCUUUGCGUCAAAUGUAAGCAAUAUUUGCGUACAUUCCACGACGAGAACAUGGAAUCAACCCGAAUGCUUCUGGAAACGGAAAAGUGGAUCCGCGUCAUGACACCAUUAGUGGACGGGGAUGACCAUUUUGGCCUUAUCAGACUGAUCGAGAAACGCAGCGGAUACUCUUUCGAACGAAAGGCUCGCGGAGAUUUCACAGCUGACCCCAUUUAUUCGAGACGUGUGUUCCCCUCGUUUCCAAUGCAAGGCAAUCCAUUCAGCGCUGUCAAUUCGACAGAGUGGCUUUCUAUGAAGCAAGGUGUCCGUUUCCAUCACGAAACGGAUGACAGCUCGAACACGGGUGAUACGACUUUGUCGCAAACUUGUGACAAUCAAGCGCUCGCCUUGGCCACUUCUACCGAGUCAGAGUUUGUGUUAACUUCUUCGGGUCUCGCCGGCUUCGUCCGGCUAUGCGGUGCUUACUUAAAAAUGAUGGCGUGCCUUCCGCAUAUUAGCUGGGACGUGCUACGCUCGCUGAACAGUAUUUUCGAGCUCAAUUUGUACGUCGUGUUCACCAACUUUGUCGCCACAGACGAUAUCGCACACCUUUUUCACGAUUUACGUGGGAAUCUGGUGGAAAACAACACAACGCAGUGGAACGGACUGCGCACUGGCAUUUGUCGCAUAGCAGACGAAAUGGACGCAGGUGAGAUACUUCUCCGAUUGUCAAUAUUGAAAACGGGUACUGGAAGCAUGGAUGGGCAGCACAACUCUUCGAUCUCGCGAGACGUUACUCUACGUACAGUAGUCCAAACAUCGUCUGCAUUUGUGGAUAAAAACGAGAGCAAUUUGUACGCAUUGACUGAAAGGUCCGUUGCUUGCGAAGCUGUUGUCGGCCAGUCCAGACUACUGAACGCUAUCGAGGAGUUGGCUCGAUCAUAUCUUCCGGAUCGAUACCAUGUCCGUAUGAACGAAAUGCUCCAGCAGAACUGCACGAUGGCGCGGGAGCUUCGCAGCUUCAUGUACAGUACAACUGCAGCUAGACUAGCAAACGUCCCCGACCUGUCCGAUGCAGUUUCUGCAGUGUCUUGGAACGUAACGUACAUCUGUGAUCAGCACAACGAGUAUAUCGAGCAACUGAUUCAGAAAUGUGGAGAGAUGUGGGAACGACUGCAGCUCUUGGCAAACGGGGCCGUCCCGUUCGACGCGUGUGACGAUAUUUGGGCGGCUCUCGUACAAACCAUCAUGGACACGCUGCUGCAGGCAUUGUCUGCUGUUCACAAGCCGACCCUUCAAGGUCGUGCACUCAUGUUGCUGGACUUGCAUGCACUUCAGAAUGGUCUGGACAUGAUCAAUCAUGUCAGCUCUCGAACGGUGCCUCGUGGUCACGAGUACGUCGGUAAUUACAUCAAGGCUUUCUACUACGACGAGAAUGAGCUCUUGGAAUGGAUUCAAGAUAACAAGGCGCUAUACUCGAAGAUACAAUUUGCCAAUCUACUUCAGAACGGCGUCGGAUUGACAAUGGAGAUGAAAGAAUUCCGCGAGCUCGUCCUGAAGCUCGACACAAUCGUCGCUUGA